ACCCGGUUCUCUCUCCCGCUCUCCCAUUGGCUCCCGGGGCGGCAGGCGCCUCCGCGUUGCCCGGGCGACGGGAAAGCGCGGGAAACCCGGCUGAGGGGGUUCUGCGGCUGCGCGGCGCGGGCUCGCUGAGGAGAAGAGAGUUGUGAGGUGAGCAGGUGAAGGCUGAGGUGUGUGUGCGCGUCCGUCCUUGGGAUCGUGUGUCUCUGUGAAUGUUGGAGGCCUAGUUGAAGAGAGAAGAGAUGGACUUGCCUGCAGGUGAAGUCCAGGAGGUUCAAGGCGUGUUGGCCGACAUGCAGAAGAAUUUGGAGUGUCCUAUCUGCCUGGAACUGAUCAGAGAGCCGGUGUCCACCAAGUGCGACCACAUCUUCUGCAAGUUUUGCAUCUUGAAGCUUCUCCGCAAGAAGAAGGGCCCUUCCCAGUGCCCUUUAUGCAAACAUGACGUAACCAGGAGGAGUCUCCAGGAGAGCCCCAGGUUCCAACAACUGGUGGAAGGCCUGCGGCACACCAUCCGUGCCUUCGAACGCGACACGGGCAUCCGGUUUUCUAGCAGCCAGGAGUCGAGCGGCAGUCCCCCUUCUAAGCACGCAAAGGAAGACCUGGCCACCGUUCAGACUUCGGGUUACGGGAACAGAGCCCAGAGGGACCAAGCCAACGGCCAAGGAGGUCCAGCUACGGAAGCCAGCGUAGGGGCCCCCCGAAGUUCAGAGAGGAGGAAGCAACCUCGGCCUGCCCGGGACCAGAACGUUGUCUGCAUCGAGCACGCCGGCGCGGAGCAGCCCGAGGGGCAAGUGGCGGGGAUCGAAGCCCAGCCGUCUGGCCACGAGGGUUCGAACUCCGCAGGAGAACAAGGGGCCGAGGGGCGCCCGGCUGAGAUCCCGGAGAGUCCCGUUCCAGAUAGGCCCGGACGCCGGGCCACUCGCUCCAGCUCCGUCCUGCCCGGGGGCCUCAGCCCUCUCCCCGGCGCCGUCUGCCGGACCGGGGCCAAGGUGGGCCCAGAUGCUGGGCGCGGGCAGAGCCGCCGGAGCAGAGAGGAGAGAGGCAGGAGGAAGCAGAGAGGUGGCCCGGACCCGGCGGAGGAGGCGGAGGAGGAGGCCGGCCUCCCGGGGAGUUCCGGCCAUCAGACCGACGGCCCUGCCUCUGGGAAGAGGCUGAAGCAGAGCGUCCACAAGGUGAGCGAGUGGCUCUGCGGAGCCGUGGAGCCAGCGGAGCCGGACGCCGGGUCCCCGCGCCUGAGCGAUAAAGAGUCCGACGCUUCCGAGGAACCGGACGUGGAGGCGGUAGCCCUGGGUUCCAGACCCCCGGAGAGCAGCAUCGAGGACCGGGUGUUUGGAAAAACCUAUCGGAGAAGGGCACCCCCGAGAGAGGGCGCCGCCUCCGCCCGGGCCCGGCCCCGCCGGAGAGCCGCAUUCUUGGGCCUGCGACCCAGGGAUUUUAUGAAGACGAGAGCUGCCUCUGCCAGCUGCCGGCAGGGCGGAGGCCCCGUUUCCGGGAGGGCCCGGGACCAGCCCGGCAGCGGGGGCACGGCAGACUCCCGGGAGGAGGCGGAAGCCAGAGGCCGCGGGGCCGAAGCUGAGCUUGAGACCGGCCCCCCGGGCCGAGGGACAACCCCAGGGAAGAAGAGCGAGGCCCGGCAGUCCCGCGGGGGCAAGCCGAGACGUGGGGCCCCCGCCGAGGCCGCCCGGGCCCUGGAGCUGGGUGUGGCCGGCGCCCCCGAAUGGCCCGAGCUCCGGAUCGAUAGUUACCCCAGCAGCGAGGAGCGACUGGGAGCCCGGAGGGGCCGGGAGCGGCUCCCGAGCGAGGAAGUGACCGGCGGCACUCGGCCGCGGGGGACCCUAGGGCGAGCCCACCCGGCCUCCCCGGGUGGAGACGGUUCAGCUGGGGCUGCUCCCGACGUGGACCUCGCCCCGCCCAAGGGGUUUGCUGGCCCCGGCCUCCACAACCCAGCCCCGGAGGAGGGGUUGGCCGCCACCCCUAGAGGUAAAGAGAACUCCCAGGGUGGGGUGCCGUCGGGAGAGACCCCCAGCGACUCAGCGGUCCCCGACACAGACCACGAGACACCGGAGAGCGGCACGCUGCGGCCCGGCUCUGGGAUAGGCCCGCAUCCACUCGGGAGUACCUGGGCCUCAGCCACAUCCAGCCUCUUGACCGGUCCUACCGCCGGAGACUCCAGACCCGGCCCGGCCAGUCCGCUCACGGCCGGCAGAACCUUGGGGGCCAGAGCCAGCAUGGAGGACAGCGAACUGGAUUCUCAGUACCUGAGGAGUCUACUCCGGCCCGCCACCCGCCGCUCUUUCGCUCUGCAUUCCAGCCCAGGGAAGGGGCGGGCCACGGCCUCACCGGCUGCCGGAGCUCCCGGGAGCCUCCAGUCUCCCGCGAGGGCCACCGAGAAGUCGGAGGGUGAAGGAGAGACGGCCGGAGGCUGGAACACCAGGCCCGGGCCCACCGGACCGAGUCCUCGAGGGGUAGGCGGCCCUCCCGGGAUAGAUGGGGACCGGGUCCCCGGGGAGUCCACGCCCCCACCCCAGGAGCCGGCCCUCUCUGCGGAGAGCCAGGGCAUCCCCGGGAUGUCCACCCCGAGCAGGGGAUCGCCCUUGGUCAGCCCCCUGUCCAGCCCCCGGCCGGCCCAAGGGGCCCGGGCCUCUCCGGCUGGGUCGGAGACCCCCAACGACUGGUUGGGAGGGGACGUGGAGACGAGGGAACGGGCCGGCUUUCCGGAAAAUGACGCCAAAGAGAUAUCAGCGGUCUUCGGGCGCUCCAACGGGACCUCGGGUCCUGGGCGGGGCCCGCGGAGACAAGCCCUGAAGCUUGCGUCUUCGGAAGAGGACUCGUCCAGCGAGGAUGACGAGCUGCCCUGCUUCCAGGAUCUGCUCCUCGGGCGGGCGGUCAGCACUCCGGCCCGGCCCGCGGGGACCGCGGCCCCGAGGGACGGCAGCAGCCACAGGGCCGUCCGCCCGGCCACGCCGCCCAGCCGGACCUCCCUGGAGCCGGAGCUCAGCCAGGAGUCGGAGGGCUCGGAGAGCCUGUUUUCCUCUGGCUCGUUGAACUGUGAGGGUUCAGCACCCAGAGCCGGGGGCCCGGGUAGCCAGCGGAGCCCCUGGGCUGACCGGACCGAGGGGGAAGCGGACGCCGGCCCCGGGGGACGAAGCCGUGGCGAUCGGGAGGCAGACCCAAACUCAGGUGAAGCUUCCGAGUCGGCAAGCGAGGCCAGCCAGCCUGAAGACUCCUCGGCGCUGUCCACACAGUGCGACAUCCUGACCACUCAGCAGAGAGACGCUAUGCAAGACAACCUGAAGAAGCUGCAGCAGGAAAUGGCCGCUCUGGAGGCCGUGCUGGAGGGGCACGAGAGCCCAGCCGCCUCCGCCCCUGCCUUCUCCUGGCCAGAGUCCGGUCCGCAGCAGCACCGACCCGGAGAAGAAAGGACCCUCGAACCCAGACGGAACCCGACACAGCCCUCCACCGACACAGACCCCGGCCCCAGGGGAAACGGGGAUCCGGACCCUCCGGCCUCGGCUUCGUCCCGCCGCAGCCCACGGGGGGUCCCCGGGAGCCGGCCUGCCGCGGGCUGCUCGACCCAAGAGCGACCCGGAGUUUCGGAGAGGAGCCAGGAAGCGCCGAGACCCAGUGGCGGGAGAAUGGCCCUUGUGGCAUCAGGGCUGACACAGCCAGAGCUGGUGCUGGUGCAGAAGUUUGCCAGAAAAACCCAGAGUAUUCUGUCCAGUCAGUUCACUGCAGGGACAACGCACGUUGUCAUGAAAACAGAUGCUGAGUUUGUGUGCGAGCGGACACUGAAGUACUUUCUGGGCGUGGCCGGAGGACGCUGGGUGGUCAGCCACCUGUGGGUCACCCAGUCUUUUCAAGAAGGCAGGGUGCUGGCUGAGCGGGACUUUGAGGUGAGAGGGGACGUCGUGAACGGGAGGAGCCACGGCGGCCCGCGGCGGGCGAGGGUGGCACAGGACCGAGAGCUCUUCGCAGGCCUGGCCAUCUGCUGCCUCGGGCCCUUCACCGACAUGCGUUCGGAUCACCUGGAGUGGAUGGUGGAGCUGGGAGGAGCGUUGCUGGUGAAGAAGCCGUCUUUGUUCCCAGCCGGAGCACGGGUCGCCCCCGUUCUGGUUGUGGAGCCUGAAGCCUGGGCCGAGGACGGCAGUUUCCAAGGGAUCCAGCGGGCGUGCCUGGCGACGGUGGUGACCCGGGAGUGGGUGCUGGACAGCGUGGCCCGCUAUGAGCGCCAGGAUUUUGGUCCCUACCUUGUGUCCCACCUCUUGACCCCAUCCCCACCGUGAUCCAUGUGCCCUGGGCUGUAGAGGGGGGCGGAUUCAAGAAGUGGGAUCCCUCACUCUCUCCUCCCCUCAGCCCCAGCCCCAGCCCUGCUCCCCAAAGGGAGCCAGGUGAGAUCUUCCCACUGAUGCCAGAGAGCAGGAUGCAGGGCUCCUACCCCAAACCACGGAUGGGAAAGGGCGAGGGCGCGUUCGGGGGCUCCGAGGGGCAGCUGGGGCGGGGUGGGGAGAGGCGGAACCGACUCCCUCCUGGGGGACGAGAUGCAACACUGAAGGCCGCAUUCUGGUUGGGCUGACACUCGGUGUAUUGGGCGCAGUUCCUUCAGCGCCAUAGGGGGUUGGAGUGGAGGGAGCGGGGACCUGCCCUGAAGGAGGGGAAACAGGAGCCCCUGCCCCUCGCCCCUCUUCCCCCUGCUCCUGCUCCAGCUUUUCCUGCUCUUGACAUCUCAGCUGGGACAGCUGCAGCUGGACACCUGCAGGCCCUGGGGGGAGGAGGCUCCGCACUGGUGGGGAUGAGGGUUGGGGCACUCACCCUGUUGUGCCCGUCGACUUCACGAGUGUUUUGCGAUUCAUAAAUAAAUCCUCUCAGCUGC